UUUGAUUUUUUUUAUUGUUAACCGACAAAAUAAAAUGUCUGAAUCAAAGAGACUGACAAUAUUGAUGACACCGGAAGACUCGUGGGGUCACAUCAAUCCAUUGCACGGCAUCGCCGAUGAACUGGUCAGACGCGGUCAUCGGGUAGUGUUUGUACUGGAAAUCGGUUUCAAAGGUCAGCUCCGGCGCUAUGGCUUCGAUGAAGAACAUGUUGUUCGGGCGGACAGUACCGGCGAUUGCAACUAUCGGAUCCGAUUGAUGGCCAAUAACUGUCAUCUAAUGGAGACGACAGAUGCCGUGGAUGUGCUCAACAAAUUGGGUUCACUACUCGGCGACAAUGAAAUCGAGUCGUUUGCUGUAUUUGAGCCGCAAUAUCGGGCAAUCAUUGAACGCGUCGAUCCCGAUAUAAUUAUUACCGAUGCGGCACUAAAACUACCGGCCAUUAUAUCGAGUGGCCGACCGUGGAUUAGCGUUCACUUUUGGGAACCGCUAGAGUUUCACAAUAAUUUAGAUAACUUGAAGCUACCGACACCUGGUUUAGGUUUGUCCACAAAUUCAGGGAACACUAAACAGUAUCAAUCAGAUUCUGUUAGCUUAGACGGUGUCUAUGAUAAACUUAUAGGAAAAUACAAUGACUUUAUCAAAGCUAACUGUCCGCCAGAGUCUAUAGAUAAUUAUAGUUAUGAAACUAGUAUCCGAUCGCCAUAUCUUAAUAUAUAUCAAUGCAUUCAAGAGUUAGACUAUCCGGCGGCACAUCCAUUGCCAGCCAAUCAGUUAAGAGUGGAGAAUAUAAUACGUGAGACGACCGAAAUGUUUGACAUACCGGUGCCGUUGAAUGACAAAACAUUGGGAAAACUGAUUUAUCUGUCGUUUGGCACAAAAGGCUGGUGCAGUCCGAAACAUAUGACGCGUGUUAUUAAUAUUUUGGCCAAAACAGAGCACCGGUAUAUCGUAUCGUUUGGACCAUUCUAUGAUAAAAAUUUAUUGCCCGACAAUAUGUAUGGCCAACAGUUUUUGCCGCAUACGGCUGUACUAUCGUUAGUCGAUUUGGUAGUCACUAACGGCGGCAACAAUACGAUCACUGAAUCAUUAUAUUACGGCAAACCGUUGAUUGUUUUGCCUCUAUUUGACGAUCAGUUUGAUAUCGCACAGAGAGUCCAUGAGACCGGACUUGGGGUUAGACUGAAUCCGUUUGAAUUCACUGAUGAGGAACUCAUGGCUGCUGUCAACAGUGUCCUCAACAAUCAAGAGCUUAGAAAACGGUUGAAAACAAUUGGACAGAGAAUUAGAAAAACAAACGAUAAGAAAGUGAUCGCAGAUUUAUUGGAAAAAUUAGUCUAAAAAAUAGUCUGUUUUAUAGUAUAGCUCCCAUCACUUGUUGUAACCAAUUAUUGAAUA